UGGGCACCCAACUUGUAACACUGCUGAGGACGAGUCUUUGCCAAGUACUGCACCUUUGCAGUGUCCAUUAAUAAUAUUUAGGCUGCAUGACAGACUGACAGACAUGACGGGGGCUUUGCGUCGUAUGUUCGGCUCAAGCUGCAUUUUGCAGCCUUUCCCAACCGAACCGUCGAGCCAUUCAUGCGGAUCAUGGUUUUGAUAUCCAUAUCCUUUCUUGUUGUUUCGCUGCUCGCUACGUUUCAAGCUGCCCCAGUGCUUGAAACAUGUGCGAUUGAGGAGCCGUUAUUCUUGCAGAUGGGCAUUCGGGUGGAUGAUGGGCAGUCUCAGAAGUUGGCGGCUCUUCUGCUUGAGGUUCGGAAGGAGUGUUUGAGAGCCACGAGUUCUUGUCUGCCAGUUCUCGAGACGCUGCGUUUGGCAGUGUGGCCACACGUGCAAGCUGAGACCAAUGGCUCACUCAGUCCGUGGAUGCCUGGUUGGAAUUUGGAGCCCAUAUUUGAUGCUGACGCCCAAGCUAGCGGGGUUUCUCGCUUGGGGACGAAGAUGGCCUUCCGCCACAUCUUCAAAGCUGCUGGCUUUACAGCCUAUGCAAAUCUUCAGCAAGUCACCACUGGCUUGAGGCCACAAUCCUACCUAGAGUUGUGCAAUGCCUUUCACUCAACAGACCUGAAACACAGAGCUUUUACAUUCGUUCGCGAUCCAAUUUCUCGCUUCAUCUCAGGCUACGCUGAGAUCGAUUAUCGAAGUCGUGCUGUCCGUGACUGGCCCAUUUUUGACUCUCUAGCCAAGCUGCUCCGAGAGUAUCCGGUAGGCAGCGCUGUUCGAGCUGCUGCUUUCUUUGAGGAGUUCCUGCGCAGUGGGAUCGAUGUUAAUGGUCAUGUGAGGCCACAGCUGGAGUUCUUGCAACCAUUGUCAGGCUGUUCCUUGCCGAUGGACUUCAUUGGCAAAACUGAACGUGCUGAGGAACACUGGGCCAAGUUGUUUGACAUGCAGAAUGAGACGGUCCCAAAGUUUGACAGCCUCCUCGCACUCCACAGUCACGGUGAGCGAGAUGAGCAGGCCAUGAAGACAUUCCUGGCAAGCUCAGCCAAAUACAUGCGGGCGCUUUGCUGGCUUUACUUGGGGGACUUUGCGGUUUUUGAAUAUGAGCUGCCCAAUGAAUGUCGACAAGAACCCAUGCAGAGUGCAGUUGCAAUGCUGCGUCGGGUGUCUCUUUCGGGUAAUCCGCUCGCUUAAGUAAGUCGCUGAGGACAAAUCCUUGCAAAGGCAGAGCGGAAGAAAUGUGCUGGCCUCCGGCGGCGCUUGUGCAGCCACUGGAAUACAAUCAUUUGUGAUGUCUUGG